GUGGAAUAGUGCCCCAAUGAUUGGUGUCAGUGGGAGGAAUAGUGCCCUAUCAUUGAUUCAUGUGCAGGGGCGGACUGACAACUCAUGGGGCCCCUGGGCAAUAGGGGAUCAUGGAGCCCCUGUGUCCUUGCCCAAACUCAAAAAAGCCUAUGAAAAAGGUACCAGGGGCAUCUCAUGGGGCCCCCUACUGACCCCGGGCCCUCGGGCAGUGCCCAAGUUUCCAUAUGGUCAGUCCGCCCCUGGUGAUGUGCAA